GGGGGGAGGGGUAUCAUUUAAUCUUUUAUCAAAUACAUGUACUUGCAUAAGGGCUGUUUAUUCAGCUUUCUUUUUAAUGAAAGUAAACAUAUGUUGUGAAGGGAGUAAGUGGUCUAAGCUAGUUUUUUUUUCUUCCAGUGAUGGAUUUAAAAAAAAUACAUUUCUAUAACGCAUUUGAUUGUUGCCAGCAUAAUAUGUCCCUGUCUUUCCUUCAACGAUGUAACCGCCUCCCCACGACAUCGGUUCCCUGACGUUAUUGACUUUGUAUUGUAUAAACAAAGAUAUUAAAUGUGGUCAUGUUUGCUUUUCAGCUCUAUCUAGUCUCACCUUGAUUUGCACCGCCAAUGCGAAAGUAACGCCAAUGCGCCCAUUGUACAACGUUGCAGGUUAUAAGAAAGCAGCUAAGCUAAGUUUACUAAGAGUACAAGCUGGCUAGAAAUUUCGGAUAAACGCAACAAAACUUAAGCCUGGAAAAUAAUAUUUAGGAAUCAAAGCCUAUUUAAGAUGUACUUGCGUUAGAGGAGGUGUGUGUAGAAAAAAGGCUGCAAAAAAAAAAAAAAAAAGGGAUUUCAUUAAUAAUGCAUAGUUGGAACAAAAAGUUUAGUCUUAGGUUUUGAAAUUGCGAUCUAUUUUGUUCUUCAAUUCCUACGAUUAGCGCACACUUUCAAAAGUCAAAAUGUCAUACAAGAGUGGAAGCUGGUCAAAGACAGAAGAAAAAAAUAAUUUAUUUCAAGCUGAAAUUUUGUCAUAGUAGUAUGGCUGGUUAGAUGAAUGGAUAGUGUGUCGCGCUAAUAGCUCAAAUCAUGUGGGAUCGAUGCUCACACCCUGGCCAAUUUUUUUAGUUUUUCUAUUUAUAGUAUUACACUUCCUCCUAUUAGCAUGCAAACUCUUCAUUGGUUCAAAAAGAUGAAAUAAAAAGAAAAAAAACUGCACGGGAACUGGAAACGGAACUUUGAAAAAACGCCUCUAACGUUUUGCCUUAAAAAUAAUGGCUAACAAUGGCAAGGCCCCACAACGAUAGUAGUAGCCUUAAAGAAAAACUCCAGGAAGAUUUCUUGUCUUGUAAAAUAUGUCUUGAGCCCCUGAAACGACCAAAGGCCCUGCCUUGUCUGCACUCUUUCUGUGAACUAUGUCUUCAGGAUUAUGCUCGUCGUAACCCAGGCAAUCAGCCUGGUUACUUUCCUUGCCCAAUGUGCCGCAAAAGCACACAAGUACCUCUAAGUGGAGUAUCUGGUUUCCCUGACAACUUCAUAUUAUUAAGUUUGGCAGACACUAUUCAAGAGGAGAAUUGGGAAUCCCCUUGUGACUCUGGUCAGAGAUAUCAGGCCUCUCCACCUCGUAGUUUGUAUCCUCCCUCGCCAAGGGAACUCAGGCACAGGGCUUAUGACUGGUAUUUUGGUAAAGUAAGCAGGAAUGCCUCAGAGGAGUGGCUCCUGGCUCCAGACUAUCCCAAGGGAACCUUUUUAGUCAGGCUGGGAGAAAUGUCACCAGAUACCUACACAUUAAGUGUCCGGGACUGUGACGAACUAAGAGGCUAUCUUGUCAAGCAUUAUAAGAUCAUCACCAAGAAGAUGCCAGAUGGGAAAGAGUGUUAUUUUAUUUCUAAGCUUCGGCCAUUCUUUUCUCUGGCUGACUUGGUCAAACAUUAUCAGGAGUCUGUAGAUGGAUUAUGCUGUAAGCUUGCGUCAACCUGUGCCAAACCACGCUCGCUAAUUUGGGCUAUGGAACGUGGGAAAGAAGAUGAAUUUCAGACAAAAAGGAGUACCUUGCAUCUAAUAAAAAAACUGGGCAGUGGUCAGUUUGCAGAAGUCUGGCAAGCCAAAUGGCAGGGCUCUAUAGAGGUGGCUGUCAAGAUGCAGAAUAUCAAUUGUGUCACUACUGCUGCAUUCUUGGAUGAGGCUCAGAUACUUAAAACCCUGCAGCAUCCCAACAUCUUGGAGUUGCGAGGGGUCUGCAGUGAGAAGGAACCUUGCUACCUUCUGAUGGAGUACAUGCCUCAUGGUCAGUUGUCUAAGUAUCUCAGGGAAACCGGUGCUAGUUUACCACUCUCACAGCUGAUAUACAUUGGUGCUCAGAUUGCUGAUGCCAUGGCCUACAUGGAGAAGGAGAAAUUUGUACAUAGAAAUCUUGGGGCUCGGAAUAUACUGGUGGGAGACAACAAUAGAAUCAAAGUGGCAGGCUUUGGCAUGACUAAAGCCAUGGAUGACCCAGACUUUAACUUUCGUCGAGGUUUAAAAAUGGCAAUAAAAUGGAUGGCCCCUGAAGUGCUGCUCUAUAACAAGUACAGUACUAAAGCGGAUGUCUGGUCUUUUGGGAUAGUUCUCAUGGAGAUAUUUACAUUUGGCAAAGAGCCUUAUGAAGACAAAGCAAGCAAAGAAGCUUUUGAAAGUGUUCGUGAUGGCUACCGCAUGCCCAAACCAGACAACUGUCCACAGGAAGUUUAUGAUGUGAUGUUGUCCUGCUGGCAGAAUAACGCUCACUCCAGACCAUCUUUUGACUUUCUGAACACAUUUCUCAAUGACUUUGAGAGCUGACAUCUUUGUUUCAAGAGCACUGGCCAAGACUAAUGCUCUGAUUGCCUGACUUAAGCCAACCACUGUCUUAUUGACUUAUUCUUUGAUUACUACAGUUUAGUAAUUGUAUAAGUCUUUAGUUAAGUCAGGCGAAUCAUCAAGAGAUGAGAAAGUAAGAGCAUCCUGAUUAGUUGAAUCAUGGGAAUGAAAUAGACUGACAGGAAGUGUUUUUUGUCGCUAGCUGAGCUUGUGUUGAAGGCCUGAUAAUACAACUCACUGGUUGGUCAUUUUCACAUGUGGACUGUGUUAGUGUGUUUUUCAGUUUCUUGGAUCUAAAGGAUAACAGAACGUAGUACAAUCUAAAUCUAAUGAUUACUUUCAGUUUUUGUGGGAAACAAAUUGUGACCAGAUUUUUGUGUGCAGUCCUAAGAAAUAACACAGAACUAAAAAAAAAACAAAAAACUUUUGAUAAUGUUUUUAGAAUAGAUUUAUUUAAAAAAAUAUUUUUUAACCCUUUUGUAUUCAAUUUGUAUUGUGUUUUUUUUUUUAAAUGUCAUGGACAAAUUGUGUGCAGAAAUUAUGGAAUAUAAUUAUAGGACUUUAAAAAAAACAACAUGAUUUGAAUGAGAGCAAGUUAUUUUCAACUCCUUGUAAAAGUAUCUGCCACAAUGAAAGCCAUUGAGAGUGCUCAUCAAUUUCAUUGUUUCCAGUUGGACAUGAAAAGGGCCAAAAACAAAAUGAAUACAAAGAUGGUAUUUGUUUGAAUUUGUGCUUGAAGUGACUCAUAUGAGUGUAGGAAAACUGUACAGUUUCAUGGCUGCACCAUACCAUAUAGAGUUAGUGUGAUGAAUAAAACUGUCUUGAUAAUAAAGUUGUUUUGUUCUUGUCCACUAAAUAUCCUAUAUGUUUUAUAGAAGAGCUGAGCACUGUAACAAAUGGCUUCAUUUCAGUACCUGCUUGUAGGAAGUACUAAUUCUAUAUCAGUGGGGGGUUACUCUGUCAGCAUUAAACUCUUGUUGUUCUCUGUGUCAUUAUAAUGAUGGAGAUGUGGCCAAGCACUUCUAGUCUCUUACCAUCGUGGUAUUGAUUUCUAGGAUCAUUAUGUAUCACUGUGUGGGAAUUUUGAAAUGAAUUGUUCAAUGAUUUAUACUUUCAAAGCAAGUUAUUUCAAUUCCCUCUGAGUGAAGAUUCUAGAUAAAAUACCUACUAAUGAUUAGGAGCUACACCAAUGUUGUGGUUUACAUAAAAAGAGCUGCUUGCUUUGUGAGAGAACCACUAGUUGUGCUUUUAUUUGAAGAAAUGUGUGACACACAACUCUGAAUUUAAUGAAAUGAGUUGUCUACAUUUAGUGAUUCUGUUUAAUGUAGUGUGGUAGGUUUUUUUUUAUGUUGGAAGUAAUGGUCUGAACAAAAUGUGUUCCAUCCUUGUGGUCCAUGUUGAUUCUUAAGGUACUUGAUCCAGUCUAAAUUGUCUUCUAUUCUAAUUCAACCCCUUGGUUUUCUAAGCAAAAAUCUUUUUUUUUUUUUUUUCAUGCUGAAUAGUUUUAGGCAGUUUAUUUAGUUAUGUACAUAUGCUGAUAUAGAUUAAGAAAAGGAUUUAGUACCGUAAGAAUAUCAGAGGAUCUGAUGUAAUAUAUGUAUGUUAUAUGUACAGUGACAUUGGAAAAUGUAAUAAACAGAUACCAUCACAUCACUUAACAAAAUAUGGAAUUGCUCCUCUCUAAGCUAUACCCUCUGUUAUAUAUAGACAAGACAAAUUAGGUCCUUUUUCUGCAUUCAUUGGCAUGUGUGUAUGUUUUAUUUAUUGUCAGAACAAAGAUUUAUAGGGUUUAUUUUGUCUGGUCUAUUGACAUUGUUUUUAUUUUCUUUAAUACGUUACUUGUCAUCUUUCAGUCCUAUGUAUGUUGUUGGAGUAUUUUUAUCAUGCAUACUUAUAAUAGAGAACUUUUAUUUUUGUGGCUGCCUAAGAUUUAUGUAUUAUAUAUGUAUAUAUAUAUAAGUCUAUUGUAUCUAUUUCUAGGGCAAGAUGUGGAGACUUAAUGUUACUAUAGUUGUACAUAGUUUCCUAAUAGUCUUGUCUCCUGUUGAACAGCCUGGAACUACAUCUAUGACUUGGUCAGUAUACAAACACUGUUCAUAAUGAGCUUGUUCUUGUUGCCAUUUUGUCCUUAUUUUCGACCUUUUUGUUUUUCUCAUUCUUUUAUAUUUUGUGAAGUAAAUUAUUACAUUACUGCUUGUGUACUAUAGUUCUAUUUCUAAUGUGGCCUAAGAUUGUACAAAUAUGAUAUAACGCAUUGCAUUGUACGAGUUAAAGUGGAGGACUUUUAAAAUAGACAGUUUUCAAAUAUUGUAAGGCUUCUACAAAGAAAUAAUCCUUUGAUUAUGGCAGGUUGUCAAGGGAAAUAAUUUAUGUUUGGGAUACUCUGGGACUAAACAUGGACUGCCUCUGAUAUAUACCAAACACUAGAACAUUGUCAGAUGAUUAAAUGAGCUAAGGAGAUAUGUUGCUGGCCUUUCUUGACAAUAUGGGCUGGCUAGGAUCAUCCCUUGAUGUGAACUUCCUUGUGCACUAUGGCUUAGUUGUUUUGUCAUUUGUUUGUAUACAUAAUAAUAGACAGUUCUUGUAUUUCAUUUAUAAAUUGUUCUUACGGGUUUGUAGCUAUGAAAUUAAAAUGGAAAAAAUAAGCAUUGCAAAAGUAGUGGUGUGAAUGAGACAGAAUAGACUGUAAACCAUUUGAGUCAAAUCCUAGGAAGUGAAAAUUAUACCACCGAUGAUGUCAGUGAUUGAGUCUGUUUACUGUUGACAAUUGAUAACUCUAGCAAUAAUUGGUUUUGAAUGAAGUAAUGAUGUCUACAUACAAUCUUUGUAGUUGUAUAUAACCAUUGAUUUGGUUUUCACUCCUCCUUGUAGUCCAAGUGUCAAGUCAGUUACUAACUAUGCAAUAAUGCAACCUUUUUUUUUUUCCUUAUGACAGUGUUUGAUGUAACAAUAUUGUUGCCCCCUUCAUUUUUACUUGCCAUUUUAUGAUACACACAGAAGCCAUACAUUGCAAAAGAAAAUAUAAUAUGGUAUAUGUAUACAUCUUAUUUGUCAGGUAAAUUGGGAUGUUCUGCUCCUGUUCUAUGAAAGGCUAUCCACAAAGCUAAACAGGAGUGAAAUAGAUUGGCUUCAACAAUAUAGUACUUAGCUGUUUGUUUUUUUUCAAAGAUUGGCUUAAAAUAUAAUACCUUGUUCUGGUAUUGUUUUUUUUUUUUUUACACUACACUUGUUCAAUUAUUGGACCAAUAAGGUUAUUGCUUGGACUUAUGUUACACAGGCUACUUUAGUAUACAGUCAAGUUUUGUUGGGACCAUCCUUUGGACCCAGUCCAUUGCUCAGUCAUUGCCAGUCCACCUAAUAACUCAAUGGAUGGUACUGCAUGCAUCCAACAAAUUCAUUCUGUUCAUAUUCACCUUUGUAUCAUUGUGCUUUAGUUGACAUCAUGCAAACUUUAUAGUGUGAAUUUGUAGUUGUUAACGUCUCCUUGUGUCAGCCCUGGCAGGUGUCCAUAGAAAGGUCUGUCUAAAUACAACUAUAUUUUAGAGACAACUUUAAUGCUGACGCCUUUCUUACACACAUAGGCAUGGUGACUAAUGUGUUUGUAAAUUUGUGAUGUAAUUAUGAGAGCAACACUUUCUGUGUAUAUUUGAAUGAAAGCUAUGACAAAAUAAACAAUUGAUCCUUUU